AAAGCCCCAAACCAACCCCGCCGUCGUCUCGGCUCGGGCGCUCCCUCGUCAAUCCCACCACCACGCACCGGCACCGCCCCUCGCCCUCGCCUCCGUCUCCCAUUCCACUCCACCCGCGACUUCAAAGUUCAUUCAAACCCGCGACCACCCGUGCGCACCACCCCCACCAACUCCGCCGCUGGGAGGCGUCGGAGCGACGAGCAGCAAGCAUAAGGAAUAGGCGCCAGGGCUCCAGCCUCCAGAGCGCGCGCGCGUGCGUGUCCUCUUUCUGCCGGUUCCUAAUCGCCCGACUCCGGCGAGAAGCCAAGCCGGCCAUGGGGUGCGUGUGCUCGAGGCGGUUCCCGGAGGACGAGCCGGCGGCGCCGGGCUCGCUGGCGACCGCCUACGACGCGCGCCGCGGGAGGUACGGGCCCGGGGACUUCGACUCCGGCGAGCUCGCCAUCCCGCCGCCCAAGCCGCCUCACUCCCACAAGGUAUCAGACACAGGUACAUUUUUGGGAAGAGCUAGCAUUGCUGGUCUGGAAAAGGCUGUUGAAGUGUUAGAUACGCUCGGGAGUAGCAUGACAAAUUUGAAUCCUGGCAGCGGCUUUCUCUCUGGGGGAACCAACCGGGGGAAUAAAGCCUGUAUUUUAGCAUUUGAAGUUGCAAAUACAAUAGCUAAAGCUUCUAGUUUGUGGAGGUCAUGCUCUGAUGAGAGUAUAGAAGAGCUCAAGAAAGAGAUUCUGCAUUCAGAUGGAGUGCGAAUAUUGGUGUCCUCAAAUACCAUUGAGCUGUUGCAUAUUGCUGCCGUUGAUAAAAGGGAAGAACUUGCCAUCUUUUCAAGAGAAGUUAUACGAUUUGGCAACCUCUGCAAAGAUCCUAUAUGGCAUAACUUGGGGCGAUAUUUCGACAAGUAUGCCUCUGAAAAGUUAGCGACAGAUAAUACAUCUCAGGAUCAUUCAAAGGAGAGUAUGGAAGCUACUGUCCAGAAAUUGAUUAAUUUGGCACAAAACACUUCUGAGCUAUACCAUGAAUUGCAUGCUCUGGACAGGUUUGAGCAGGAUUUUAAAAGGAAAUUUCAUGAAGAGGAGUCUGUGCCAGCAGCUAGACGAGAGAGUAUAAUGAUAUUGCAUAGUGAAUUAAAGCGCCAGAGGAAGCUUGUGAAAAAUCUGAAGAAGAAAUCCUUGUGGUCUAGCACCUUGGAAGAUAUUGUGGAGAAACUUGUGGACAUCGUAAUAUUUUUACAUAAACAAAUCCGAGAUUCAUUUAAUGAAGCUGGAACUGAAUUCUGCACUUCCGAGCAAACUCAAAACAAAAGGCUAGGUUCCUGUGGUCUGGCACUACAUUAUGCUAACAUUAUCAAUCAAAUUGAAAAUAUAGUUUCUAGGCCCCUCUCUCUUCCUCCUAGUGCAAGGGACAAUUUGUACCAUGGUCUGCCAAUAACGGUAAAGUCAGCUCUGCGAUCGCGAUUGCAAACAUACAACACCGAAGAAGAGCGUACGGUAGCUCAAAUCAAAGCCGAAAUGCAGAAAACUCUUCGCUGGCUUCUGCCGGUAGCAGAAAAUACAAUAAGGGCACACCAAGGUUUUGGAUGGGUCGGCGAAUGGGCAAAUCUUGGGAGUGACAUGAGCAAGAAAUCAGGCUCCCAGCACGUCAUCCGCAUCCAGACGCUUCACCACGCAGACAAGGCGAAAACCGAGCAGUACAUGCUGGAACUGGUGGUGCUCCUUCACCACCUGGUGACCCAGGUGAAGAACAGAGGCUACGGGACCAGCAAAUCAUCGAGGCACGACGCCUCGUCCCGGUCCCGCAAGGUGGCGCCUGACCUCCAACCGGAUACAGAGACGAGGCACAACACGUCGCCGGUGAACAGCUGCGUGGCCUCGAGUCCACUGUCAGACUGUGAGCGCGCGGCGUUGGACCACCUGAGCUUCAAGAGGACGUCCUACGGCAGGAGCCGGAGCUGCGAGCCCCCGCCGCCUGGCCGACGGAACAAGGCUCACCGGAGCUGGGACUCGUGCCGGAGCCAGGGCAGCUCGCCGGCGAGGGAGUUCGGCAGGACCCACGCCGGGGACCGUGACACGGCCAGGGACCUCGAUGUAAUUGAUGGCUUGGAUAGACUGACUUCGUUCUCGCACCCGUCCUCCCCCACGUUUUGCUAGAAUGUUAGUAAGUAGGUAUUCUUUUGCUGCAUCAAGCGGCUCUUCGUACAUCUUGUAUAUGCGUGAUAAUCUGUCCAUAUAUUAUCCUAGUUUAUGUACAUAUAUAAACUUGUGUCAUAGUCUGUGAUUGAGUGGAAAUAUAUAAAGCGAGAUCAAGUGGUGUUCGGAUCA